AAGAAUACAAACACUCUGUGCUUCUGCUCAGCCUGUACCUCAAGAUGUUCACACGAAGGUAUGGGCCCUUGUGAAUGGCAUGACUCAAGACGAAAUUGCCCAUGCAGUAAAAGAAGACAUCUAUAUCAUGAAGGUAGGAGAGAAGAUGUAUAACCGCCAACGUGAAACUGCCUCUCAGCAUGACAAUGUUCGUCAAAUUAUGCGAGGACUGGGUAGACUCUUGAUCAUAGGAAGGACGGUGACCCCUCUGAAAACAAUAGAGGAAUAUAUUGAUCCACAACACUUUCACCAUGUGAUUCGAGCUGUAAAAGAAGUAGCUGGCUUUGAUGAAAAGAGGAACAAGUUUGGGAAACCCACUCUAGCCACAAAGCUAGGGCAAAGCAUCCAGAGAGUUGCCGAUAUCAUGGAGGCUGAAGCUCUUUCGUCUCAGAACAAUGAAAAGAAGCAGGUUGUCCAAGAGUUUAGGCGCUUGUACAGUCUUACCUGGAAUGAAAUGAUCUCUUCUGCUGCGUACCGUACACUUGAGGAGAAGAAAUGGAACAAACCCAAGCUCAUUCCAUUGGCAGAGGAUGUGAAAAAAAUGCAUAUGUACAUGACUGACAAACAGAAGCAAUACUACAAGCAGUUGUUGGUUGAGAAAAUCCCGAAGAAUUGGAGCAAUCUUGCUAAAGUAAUAUUGGCACAGAUAAUCCUUUUCAACCGAAGGCGGGAAGGCGAGGUCUCAAAGAUGCGUUUGGAAGCAUUUCUCACCAGGGACAACUCCCCACUUAAUGAAGAUAUUGGUGAAGCACUGACGGCAUUGGAGAAGAGGCUCUGCCAGCAUUUUGAACGUGUGGAAAUUCGAGGGAAGCGUGGCAGAAAGGUGCCUGUCAUCCUUACUCCAGUAAUGGUGCAAUCUCUGGAGCUAAUGGUGGAGGAGAGAAGCUCAUGUGGAAUAGGUGAAAACAUCUAUUUAUUUGCAAGACCAGGUUUUGAAACAAGGCUUCGGGGGUCUGACUGCAUCCGUGAGUUGGCCAGAAAGUGUGGGGCUGAAAAACCUGAAGCUCUGUCAUCAACAAAACUAAGAAAACAAGUGGCCACUCUAUCAAGAAUACUCAAUCUUAAUGACACCGAACAAGAUCUUUUGGCAGACUUUCUGGGGCAUGACAUAAGGGUACACAGGAAGUUCUAUCGCCUCCCCGAAGGGACUUUGCAGUUAGCUAAGAUCAGUAAGGUAUUGAUGGCCUGCGAACAGGGCAGACUGGCAGAAUUCAAGGGGAAAAGUCUGGACCAAAUCUCGAUCAGCCCAAAUAUGGUAAGAAAUUAUUACUUGUAAUGGCAAAGUUAACUGUGCACGUCUGUAAUUUUAAUUCACAUAUUUUUCAUUUGAUACAAAUUGCCUUUGUUUGCCAUCGUGAAGACCGAUAUGAAGUUGUGGAAAAAAGCUCAGGGGAGUCAUCUGAAGAUGAAGGUCCAGCGGCUCCACCAGGAGAGGAACCUGUGACUCGAGGCGAACAGGGCACUUCAGAGCAGCAGCCUGUAGAGGAGCAAAGCUCGGGAGGAGAGGAACCUGUGACUCGAGAUAAGAAAGGCACUUCAAAACAGCAGCUUGGACAGAAACGAGGCUCGGGAGGUGCUAGAAAGGUAAAACGAAUGUGGUCAACAGAGGAGGUGAAAGCAGUUGAAAAGUCUCUGAUGGAGUUCAUUCGUAUUGGCAAGACACCUGGAAAACAAGCCUGUGAGAAGUGCAUCGCUGCUUCCCCUGAAGCCCUCGCUGACAGGGACUGGAAAGCAGUCAAGUUCUAUGUUUACAACAGAAUUAUUUCAGAUCAGAGACUGUAGACAUGGACCAAGCUUAUAAAGGUAGGCCUACACCUUCCACAUCAUGACAGGAGGCCUUCUGUUUCUAUAGGAUACAUGAGGUGUAUCUAUUAUAUGUUGGCUGUACACAUAGUGAGGCUGAAACUGUUCAUCUGUUGUAAAAACUAAAAAAAGUUACAUGUAAUCAUUGUUAAAGGGUUUGAUUAAAGGACCCCAAAGGUUAAGGAGCCUUUCACUUAUAAUGCAAUGCAAUACAAUGCAACAACUUCCUGGUUCGUCCUUUUUACUGCGGUGAACCUUUUGGAUAUGUAGGUGUUCUGUCUGAGAAGACACUGUUGUAUUUAAGUCACACCUGUUCAUUAAAGGAGACCUGUUAUACUCA